CUCUGAAGAUAGUUCAAUUUUUGAUUUUGGGAAAGUCUCAGAUGAAAAAGGAAGGAUUGGUAUCGAAGAAGAGGAAGAAAGUAAUGAAUUAAGUCCAGAAAGCGUAGAAGAUGAAAAUGAUGAAAAUGAUCAUAAACAUGAGUAUUGUGAACACUAUAAAAGUGAAGAAGAAAAUUACGUUAAUAUUUGGAAUUAA